CUUUUCCAAAUAUAAUUCAUGCUAAAUUUACUCAUUGAUUUUCACUUAAAGUCAAUAAAUAUGUAUUGAAAGAAGAUUUAAAACAGUGAAAAUGCAUUGUAUAUUAACAAUUUGGCAGUAAAUGGGUUAUAAAUAGUAAUUUAAAAUUCUCUUCAUAUUUAAUCAAAUUUCCUCAGUUUUUUUUUAGGGUAGGCCUAAAUAUAAUUAAUUUAACGAUUUCCAUUCUUCAUUUCAGUUUCAUCAUGGUUCGCAAUUACGUGAGAAAGACAGGAAGAGGGAAGUAUGAAAUUGAGACAAUGGAGAGAGCGGUAAAAGAAGUGAGGGGAGGGAGAAGUAUGAGAAGCGUAGCUGCAGAAUUUGGAUUGUGUGAUAGAACACUAGCAAACUAUUGCAAGAAAUUGUCCGCUGCACCAGGUUCUACUGAUCCCUCAAAUGAAGCGGUGAUUAUUCAACCAAAUCCUAUUAUAUCUACUACAGUAAACAAUGAUCUGGUGAUUCCUGACACAUCUACUCGUGAUCCGGCGAUUCCUGGCACUUCUACCCAUGAUUUGGCAAUUCCUGGCCCAUCUACUCGUGAUCCAGUGAUUCCUGGCACUUCUACCCAUGAUUUGGCAAUGCCUGGCCCAUCUGUUCGUGAUCCGGCGAUUCCUGGUGCUUCUACUGAAGGUACUGCUGCAACAAGCCAGUCAGCUCAACCAUGGUCGCAGUUUGGCUACGCACGGAACUGGAAGGUGUUUGAGCCAUUCCAAGAACAAAUGCUGGCUGAGUAUUUGCUCAAGGCAUCUGAUAUAUACUUUGGAUUAACGCCUAAGGAAGUUAGACGAUUUGCGUACACUUACGCUGUAGCAUGUAAUUGCAAAAUACCCCCAAGCUGGUCAGAAAAUGAAAUGGCCGGCCCUGACUGGUUCACCUCAUUCAUGAAGAGAAAUAAAACACUUUCCAUCAGAACUCCUCAAGCAACUAGUAUGUCCCGGGCAACAAGUUUUCCAAAUCAACCGGAACGAACGUUGACCUGUUUUUCAGGAACCUAA